CAGGGAGCUGUCCAGCGGCUUGCCCUUCGCGGGAGGCCUCUACAUCUCCGAGCUCGCGCUGACUGGCGCCGUGGCUGCGCUGACGGGGCCCGCGGUCGGCGCGCACCGGGAGGCCGUGCUGUCCUUCUACCGCGCCGAGCAGGCGUGGUUCGCGGGGCAGCUGGAGGACCUUGGGCUGGUGGUCUCGGUGACCCCGUGCCCGUACUUCGUCGCCCGCGGCCCCAGCAAGGUCCUGGAGCGCGCCAGGAAGGCGGGGGCCGCGCUGCAGCUGCUCGAGUACCCGGCGGGCGGCGGGAGGGCGCCGGAGGGCGAGGCGCACGUGUGCGUCCUCGUGUCCGACCGCGCCAGCAACGAGGAGACGCUGCGGAUGGUCCGCCAGGCGCUCCAGGCGGAGAGCGACCGGCCGAGCUGGAUGCCGCGGGAGCUGGGCUCGCUGUUCGGGAUGGGCUCGUGAGAGGGUUGCCGCAGAAAGUGCUCGGGG